AUGUCAACAAAACCAGUGGCGGAUAAAUCGACCACCGAUCAAGACAAAAAGCCUGAAAACCCAAGCGAUAUCGACGAAUACCCCAGACAGGACCAGGCAUCAGAAGGAUCUACAACUUUAGUCAGAGAGUGUUAUAUUAUUCACUCUAAUUUCUGCAAACAAUGUGGAAUUGAUGUGUUCCAAUUUUGCCAUGAAUCAUGGUACUAUAUAAAAAACGGUACUUGUAAUGUCUGUAUAUCUCAAAUUACUGGUUUUUUUUCAGAGUCACCACUAUCUGUUUUGUACAACCUGUCUUAUAGAUAA